ACAGCGUCGCUUAUAGCUGUCAAAGUCAGUCGCUCCUGUUCGUCUCAGGGAAACCAGGGAUUAAGAACGAUAAAGCGCCACAAUGCCGGAUUUUAAGUCGAUCUUCAGAAGAAGAGACACAGAAUGGGUCCGCACCUCCAUGCGCACCCCGGGCAUCCUCAUCUUCGGCAUGGUGAUGGCCCCCUGCGGAUGGGUCCUCAACCUGGUCACCACUGUGGCCCCAAACUGGAGAACCCUGCAGGAUUUCCCAAACCUCCCACCUGACCGCGUCAUUGAACAGGGGAUCUGGGACAUCUGCAUCGCCGCCACAGCCACUGAAAGGCAGCAGUGUGGUCAAGAGGACACCACUUACUUCGGGAACGACAUCAUAGAGAUUUCUCAGGGCCUGAUGCUGGGCUCCCUGAUUGUGACUCUGAUAGGGAUCUGUGUGGCCAUCCCAGGCGUGCGCUGCUGGACAGACCGCGCGCCGAACUGGGCGGUUUGCACGUGCGCAGGGUUCCUCAUCUUCAUCUCGGGCGUCCUGACCCUCAUCGCAGUCUCGUGGUACACCCACAUCAUCGACGAGAUCACAACGGAGACCCCGCUGCUGGGCGUGCGCGCAGGUUACUGCCUGGUGCUGGGCUUCAUCGGGGGGAUAUUUGAGGUCCUGGGGGGCUUCGUGAUGACCAUCGGCUGCUGCCGCUGCUGCGGAGGGAAGAACCGCGGAGAGAGGCCGAUUGAGGAGGUCCUGGGCCCCAGGAGCCAACCUAAAAGGGAACCGAGACGCGUGGAUGUGCCGAGCCUGAGCCGCAGCAGGAGCAGCGCCGCCAACAGCGUCCCGUCCUCCUACAGGGACACUCUGGAUGAUGAUGUGUCCUUCCCCAGGGCCAAGACCCCCGCGGCGCGCUCAGGGGUCAGCAACCCGUCCUUCAACGGGACACCAUACGAUGCUGAUCUAUGAGGGCGAUUUGCAGAAGAAAAAAUGAGUGGUGGACAAAACUUUGUUAAAAAAACUGAGAAGAUUGGGGACAUGAUGUGAAAAGUGUUGUAAUUUUUAGAUAAAAGCACCCAGUAUAACACAUACAAAUUAUGUUGUAUUUGGAGAACAAUAAAAUGCCUGGUAAGAGAUCAACGCGUGAUAUUAAAGACUAGAUUAUAAGGAAAAUAU